AACAAAUCGACUGGAGAAGCCGUUAAAACCGUUAGUGGAAACGGAGGGCCGGGAACCAGAAAGGCUGAAUGGUAUUUAAACAGUCUAAACUAUGAAAAAGGGUCUAAACAGAAAUCAUCUAAACAAAACCAGCAGACUGUUGAAACAACUACUUGUAAGAAAUUGUUCUUUAAAUCUUCCAUGAAGAAACACAACAGUCAAGAGGAUUUUGUGAAACUAUUUCCACUAGAAGUCAGCUUAAAGAUUUUUAGCAAACUUGACAUUCACAGCUUGUGCAAUGCCGCAAUAACUUGCAAAAGCUGGAACCAAACCAUUGAGCAUUGUGAUGAUUUAUGGAAACACCACUGUUUAAAUAUAAGAGCUGUCUGUCAGCGAGAGGUUGAUGGUGACAGAGGAAAAGGGUACUCAUGGAAGGUCACGCUGCAUAGAAACUACUGGAAAAGCAAAGUAAAGUAUGAAUGGCUGAGUGGAAAAUUAUAGCAAUAUUCAGUCACGGAGUAAUUACCAGAAAAAUGUAUGUAUCCUAUGGAUGUGGAUACCUGGGGAGAAAUCUUGGAAGCUGAACUGGAAAGAGUUUUAUACAGAGGAAAUUAGAGAGGAGUUUGUGUGUGCUUAUACAUGUUUGUGUGCAUAUGUGUGCCUGUGUGCAUAUGUAUAUGUGUUACAUUUGUAGUUUGGUUUGUAGCUACUUUAAUUUUACACUUUCCGAACUGUAAAUAUUUUAAUUCUUUGUUACAAAAUUUGAAAUGCUAUAUGCACAAAUAGUUCUUUGAUGCUCAUUAACAGCACUUUAUAAAUAAUGUCAAAUAUUUAUUAAGUUGGUGACCUAGUCUACUAGUGGCCCUUCCAAAUGAUUAGAACUACUAUUCCUUUCAAUGCAAGCUUGCAAGUCCAUUAAUGGAAAUGAUGAAAAUUGUAAUGUAAAAUUUAUGGAGGAUACAGAUUAUUUAUUCUUAAAGUGCAUUGAUUUAGAAGAUCUUGCUGAAUUGUUUGAUUUAUUUUGGUCAUUGAUCAAAAUAAAGAAUGGUUGACUAAUCUGAUUUAUCUACUUAUAAACAUUUUGUUUCAAGAUUGCAGUUAUAGGUAUUGAUUAAAUUCCACUGUCGUUUUUUAAAUUUUAAAUAGGCCUAUACAUGUGUGUAUGUAUAGAUGUAUAGAUUAGGAUUAAAAUCCAAAAUCAUUACUCAACAAUUGUGAUAUACGUUAGGUUUUUUACCACAAAAGCCUAAUUCACAUAGGAUAUGUCGUUAAGACAGUUGAAUAGAAUUCAUUUUUUAAAAAUAUCAUCUGAAAAUUAUAACACUUUCUGCAGAGGACAAUACUUAUUAUUUGUCACAAGCCAAACUCAUGAGAAUUAAAUAUAUGAAUGAGUCAUAUCAAAACUUAGUGAGAACUAGACUCAUAGCCUAAUUGCACAAACAUUUCCCUCUAAGUGCAAUAGACCGAUAAUGUCAAC